CCAACUUGAUCUAUCGCACUCCAUCGCAUCUUUCAACCGAAACUCAUAUUCCAUCCCGAAUUCCAAUUCCCCCACUUUCAAAAUGACUGGAGGUAAAUCAGGUGGCAAGGCCAGUGGCUCCAAGAGCACGGCUCAAUCCCGUUCAUCUAAGGCUGGUCUCGCAUUCCCCGUCGGUCGUGUCCACCGUCUGUUGAGGAAGGGAAACUACGCUCAGCGUGUUGGUGCCGGUGCUCCCGUCUACCUCGCUGCGGUCCUAGAGUACCUGGCUGCCGAAAUCCUCGAGUUGGCCGGUAACGCCGCCCGCGACAACAAGAAGACCCGUAUCAUCCCCCGCCAUCUGCAGCUCGCCAUCCGUAACGAUGAGGAGUUGAACAAGCUGUUGGGCCACGUCACCAUCGCGCAGGGUGGUGUGCUUCCCAACAUCCACCAAAACCUUUUGCCCAAGAAGACGGCCAAGGGUGGCAAGGGCGCCAGCCUGGAGAUGUAAGGUGGUGGUGGUCAUGGUGGGAAUGGCUUCUUUCGUUUGACACUUGGCGCGACACAAUGGGGGCUGCUGCUUUUUUGAUCUCCAAUGAUAAUGGGGGUCAUCGGGACACGGGGUCUGGGAAUUCAUGGCUUUUUU